AUGGGCAAACGCAAGAAGGCCUCAAAGCCCGUGGCGGCGAAGAAGAAGGAAAAACUUCCCACAACCUUCCAAUGCCUCUUCUGCAACCACGAGAACUCCGUCUCUGUGACCCUCGAAAAGAAACUCGGAAUCGGUAGUCUGCAGUGCAAAGUGUGUGGUCAGAACUUCCAGACGAAUAUCAACUUCAUGUCCGCCGGUGUAGACGUCUACGCAGACUGGAUCGAUGCUUGCGAUGCCGUAGCGAAGGAGUCUGCCGGGGAUGCAGGACCGAAGGAAACAUAUCGCGGGAGUGGGCCGGCGCGGAGACCGAGCGGUGCUGCGACGGGUGGAGAUGGGGAUGACGAGGAAGAUGAGGGUGGUGAGAAUGACAAGUACGAUGGCGGUGAUGGGUUUGUGGUGGAUGAUGAGAUGGAUGCCGAAGGGGACUAUGAGUGAGGGGG